AGGAAGCAAAUAUCUGUAAAAUGGCGGGCCAAUCUAACAAAUCUUGAACCGCCUCUGUAAUCUGGACAUAUAUAUGAAACAAAAUACUUACUAGUAGUAGUCUUUCAGCUUUGGCUCUAGCCUUUACACAUUUUGGAGUUGAUUUUGUUGUUUGGAAUUGGGGCUAAUAUGGGGAACGGAGAAAACACUGAGUUUCUGGAUUUGAAGAUGAAGACUAGUGAAGCUUCGUACCCUUAUAAAAGGACCAUGUUCAUGGCCCCUUCUUCUCAUCCCCACUUUUUUUCUCCUUACGAGAAAGAGACUGGUGAUGAUGGCGGUAGUGGACCCGGAAAUUUUGUGGGGAGCGAUGUUGUGAGCGCACUUUCGUCAAGACCUUGUGCUAGAGGAAGCAUGGGCCUCGCUCCUUUUACAGCCUCCCAGCUGCAGGAGUUUCAAAGACAGUUCAUAAUAUGCAAGUACAUAAUGGCAUCUAUGCCUGUUCCUCCCCACCUACUCCCUACUAACCCAUCUCCAGCUCAAUCUAACACAACGGGUUUAGAUUUGAAGUUCUCAAGUGGGUCGGAUCCAGAGCCAUGGAGGUGUAAGAGAACAGACGGGAAGAAAUGGAGAUGCUCAAGAGAUGUAACUCCGGAUCAGAAAUAUUGUGAGCGACAUGCCCACAAAAGCAAACCCCGUUCAAGAAAGCCUGUGGAAAUUCACACCAAUCGGCACCCUCCUAUUCCCAAAUCUAACAACAACAGCCACUCUUUUCAGUUUCCGACUGUGCAGCUCUCUGCUCCUUCCGGUGACCAAACCAGCCCCAGGUGUAUUGAGUGGUUAGGGAGAGGAGACACAAGUAGAACCAUCCCUGUCGUUAAUACUUGUAACCAGCAACUCAUGCACUCAUCUUCUGGAAUGGGAUUCAACAAUGACCAAAACAGAAGAAAUUCACCUGCAUUUCAAGUGCAAGACGCGCCAAAAGUAUAUCCAAUGAACUUUAAUCAGUACAUGUGUAAUAGCAGUAGUGACCAGGCAUUGGGAAGUCAAUUAAAGAAUGAACAGGGCAACAACUCGAUAAUUGGCAGAGGAACAACUAGGAAUGCUUGGCCAAAAGACGGACUUAGUGAUGGUAUUAGCAACAAUGGCUCUUUUACUUCGCUAACACUUUCCAUGUCUGGUUGGAAUCGGGGAAUGGAUGAUGAUAACGAACAUGCACAAGUAAGCAUUGGGAUGUUGGAUUCUGAGAGAAGUGGCGAUGAUGUUUUGAGAUCCCAGUGGCUUAACCCUGUUUCUUGGAUGAGUUCAACAGCUCCGGGAGGGCCUUUGGGUGAAGCAUUGUGUCUUGGAAAUGCCUCUAGUUUACCUUCACCUCAUGGCUAUAGCAAUAGCACUGCUACCAGCAGCUGCAGCUUUGGUUCCUGCGAGAACGGUAGCCACGGACCUGACUUCAUCGGUUGAUCAUGCAAUCUUGGCAGCUUGCAAAAUGGUGAAGUCCAUCUUGACAGUUCCAUCUUUUUGUUCAAUUUCAGUUUUAUGUUUCUUUCACUGGGUAUGCAUUGCUGUUCGUUAGCUACUAUUGCUGCUUCUCCAUAUAUAUACACAAUCUCAGAGCGGUUAUGUCCAAUAUUCUUGAACCCAAUCUACUCUUAGAGAAUUUUGGCAUGACUACGUAUCUAUUGAUCAUGCGUUAUUGUUAUUGUACAUUCUUAAACUGACUGACUAUUCCUGUUUUUUCAUGAAAAUGACAAUAAUG